AUGGCUAUCGCGUAUGGGACGCCCAAGCUCGUGGCUGCAACCGUGCUUGCGGUGAUCACAGCAUCGCUGGUGCAUUUCCUAGCGCGGGGAAUCGCGGCCCGGCGCAGGUUCUACAAAAUGAAGGCCAGCGGGAUUCCCAUCAUCGAGCCUUAUUCACCCUUCCUUGGCCAUCUCCCAUUGUUAAGGAGCUUGAAGGAAGGAUUGCCACAAGACGCUCAUCGCGUGUACACGUCGAUCAAGAUCGUGCAAAACUGGCAGAAAUACUUCCCCGGUGCGGAAAAAUGCCCACCAUUGAUCUAUAUGGAUGUGUGGCCAUUCAUGGCGCAGCCCAUCAUCAUGGUUAUCGACCCUGAGCUCUGCUCCCAACUUACGCAAGAAACACCGCAACCGAGACACCCUAUAUUCGGAUGGGCGCUGACCCCAGUGACGGAUGGCAUCGAUUUGAUAUCGAUGAACAUGCCUGAUCAUAAAGUAUGGCGCUCUCGGUUGAACCCGGGAUUUUCGUCUCGGAACAUCAUCCAAAACAUGCCCGCCGCCCUGGAGGAGGUUGCCAUAUAUGCGCAGAAAUUGAAAGACACUGCGGAUGCAGGAAGUCAUGAAUGGGGCAAAAUUGACCUUCAUCCCCAUGAGCAAACAGCUGGUCCUGGACCGCUGCUUAAUGCUUUGAGAAAUUUGAUUUCUUGUGUUAAAUUAAAGAAUGUCAAGACCAGGCUGGAACGGCUUACUCCGGAGUUUAAGAGCUUUGUAUCGCAAAAUGCAGCGACUAUGCGAGAUAUCCUGUUGCCGCAGAUUCAGUUGCGCUUCAGCGACACUCUCGACUCGAAGAAUCAGAAAACCGUUAUCGACCUUGCUAUCAAAGACUUCAAAAAAAGUGGGCAGCAGCCAACACCCGAGUUUAUCAACAUUCUCACCAGCAAUCUGAAAGCGUUCUUGUUUGCUGGUCAUGACACCACGGCUCAAACUAUUCCAAAAUCCCUCACCUCCAAGAACUUGACUUCUAACUACGAUCUUAGUUGCUGGAUAUUCUACGAAAUUAACAAAAGUCCCGACAUCCUGCAAAGGCUGCGCAAAGAGCACGAUGACGUACUAGGCCCUGACCCAAAGAUGGCAUAUCAGGUCUUGCAGCAGAGCCCACACAAAGCAAACGAACUACGCUACACGGCCGCAGUCAUCAAGGAAACGCUCCGAAUCCAUACCCUGGCUAAUACAUUCCGACAGGGCAGCCCCGACUUCAACUUCUCUCUUGACGGCAUGCUGUACCCCACCUACGAUUGUAUGAUCCAAACAGCCCCGACAAUAACUCACAUUCACCCAGAUUUCUGGCCUCGCCCGACAGAAUUUAUCCCAGACCGGUUCCUGGUUCCGGAGGAUAAUGCGCUGUAUCCUGUGAAGAACGCGUGGCGGCCCUUCGAGCUGGGAAACACCAAGUGCAUUGGCCAGGAGCUAGCCAUGUUGGAAAUGAAGCUCGUGUUGGUAUUUACUGUCCGUGAGCUGGACUUUGAUUUUAACUACGAGCAGUGGGAUGUGGUGCAGAAGAAGGACACGACAAGCGUGGCUGCAGACACUGUUAAUGGCGAGCGCGCGUACAGGUGUGGCGAGGGCAUUGGAGCUAUUAAAGACGAUUUACCGGUGAGGGUGAGGUUUAGAAGAUAA